GUUGGCUGGCAGGCGAGUCCUGGGGCUGGGCGAGGACCUCGCAGCCGCGGCUUGGCUUCGCUUGGACAGGAGCGGGGCUGCAGCUUGGCUCCCUCCCUUCACGCCUCCCCCCCACCCCGCUUUUCCCUCCCUCUCAGUGGUCCACACCCCCUUGGAGCGCUCACAGGAAAAGUCCAGCUGGAAUUGCUCCGCAUUGCACGAGAGAGCCCUGGAGCCUGCGAGAGCGCAGGCGAGGCGCCAGGGCAGCGGCACUCAGUCGGUCUGUCUGUCCGCGGGCCUGCAUGCCCUGCCUGCCAGCCUAGCUGCUUGUCAUUCAUUGCUUCUGCCUUUCCAAGACUGAGAGCAGAGUCAGGAGGCAGAGAGAGGCAGACUGAGGGCAGAGAGGGCAUACCUGGCAUAGAAAAGACCAGAGCGUUAGAGGAUUUAGAGCCGGAAGAAACCUUCGAGGUCGUCUCGAGCCCUCUCCCUGCUAGUCCCUCCUCUACCCCCUCUCUCCGCCGCCCCCGCCCCUCCAGGUGAGCAUUGGAGCAAAGGAGACCACAUUUAAAGACCCGCCUUGGCCUCUUUGUUGAAUGAGAAAUUCAGAGCCAGGGCGUCACCAUGAACACCAGCAUUCCUUAUCAGCAGAACCCCUACAACCCUGGGGGAGGCACCAACGUUAUCCAGUGCUAUCGCUGCGGGGACACUUGCAAAGGGGAAGUGGUCCGUGUGCAGAAUAACCAUUUCCACAUCAGGUGUUUCACCUGCCAAGUGUGUGGCUGUGACCUGGCCCAAUCUGGCUUCUUCUUCAAGAACCGUGAGUAUAUCUGCACCCAAGACUACCAGCAGCUCUAUGGCACCCGCUGCCACAGCUGCCGGGACUUCAUCACAGGCGAGGUCAUCUCCGCCCUGGGCAGGACCUAUCACCCCAAGUGUUUCGUGUGCAGCUUGUGUAGGAAACCUUUCCCCAUCGGUGACAAAGUGACAUUCAGUGGCAAAGAAUGUGUUUGCCAGACAUGCUCAAACUCCAUGAUCAGUGCCAAGCCCAUCAAGGUUCAUGGACCAAGCCACUGUGCUGGCUGCAAGGAGGAGAUCAAACAUGGCCAGUCUCUCUUGGCCCUGGAGAAGCAGUGGCACGUCAGCUGCUUCAAAUGCCAAACCUGCGGGACUGUCCUCACUGGAGAGUAUAUUAGCAAGGAUGGAGUCCCGUAUUGUGAGACUGAUUACCAUUCCCAGUUUGGCAUUAAGUGUGAGACAUGUGACCGGUAUAUCAGCGGCAGGGUCUUAGAGGCAGGAGGAAAGCAUUACCACCCAGCCUGUGCCAGAUGUGUCCGUUGCCAGCAGAUGUUCACAGAAGGAGAGGAGAUGUACCUUACAGGUUCUGAGGUAUGGCACCCUAUCUGUAAACAGGCGGCCCGGGCAGAGAAGAAAUUAAAGCACAGGAGGACAUCUGAGACUUCCAUCUCCCCACCUGGCUCCAGCAUUGGAUCCCCCAACAGAGUCAUCUGCGCCAAAGUGGAUAAUGAGAUCCUUAAUUAUAAAGACCUGGCAGCUCUUCCCAAGAUAAAAGCUAUCUAUGAGGUGCAGCGCCCAGACCUCAUUUCCUAUGAACCCUAUCACAGAUACACCUCUGACGAGAUGCUGGAGAGAUAUAGCUAUGGGGAGUCGAUGGGAACCUUAUCACCAUAUUCCCAGGACAUCUUUGAGAGUCUAGACCUCCGGCAGCGGCGAGCAUCCAGCCCAGGAUACAUUGAUUCUCCAACUUACAGCCGCCAGGGCAUGUCUCCUACCUUUCCCCGGUCACCCCAUCAUUAUUACCGCUCAGGUGCAGAGAGUGGGCGGAGCUCACCCUACCAUAGCCAGUUAGACGUGAGGUCCUCCACUCCAACCUCUUACCAAGCUCCCAAGCACUUUCAUGUUCCAGCUGCUGGAGAAAGCAACAUCUACAGGAAACCCCCCAUCUACAAAAGACAUGCAACAAAAAGCAAAACCAGCGAAGAUAUCACCCAGUCCUCCAAGUAUGCACCAGCCUACUCCCCAGACCUCUACUAUGGCUCAGAAUCUGAGUUCUGGACCUACCACAGCUCCCCCAAAGUGCCCCGAGCCCGGAGGUUCUCAGCAGGAGGAGAAGAGGAUGAUUUUGACCGUGGUCUGCAUAAGAUCCAAAGUGGGAUUGGACGGCUGAUUCUGAAGGAGGAGAUGAAGGCUCGUUCCAGCUCCUAUGCAGAUCCCUGGACCCCUCCCCGGAGCUCUACCAGCAGCAGAGAAGCCUUGCACACCGCUGGCUAUGAGACUUCCCUCAAUGGCUCUCCCCGGUCCCAUUACCUGGCUGACAGUGAUCCCCUCAUCUCCAAGUCAGCCUCACUUCCCGCCUACAGGAGAAAUGGGCUUCACAGGACACCCAGUGCAGACCUUUUCCACUAUGACAGCAUGAACGCUGUCAACUGGGGGAUGCGAGAGUACAAGAUCUAUCCAUAUGAACUGCUCCUGGUGACCACCAGGGGGAGAAACCGACUACCCAAAGAUGUGGACAGGACGCGUUUAGAACGCCACCUGUCCCAAGAAGAGUUCUACCAGAUCUUUGGCAUGACCAUCACUGAAUUUGACCGACUGGCCCUCUGGAAAAGGAAUGAACUGAAGAAGCAAGCUCGGCUUUUCUGAGAUCACAAAUCUAUAAAUACUCAUUUAUAUAAAGACAUAUGUAUAAAUCUAUAGUGAAGCUCAGUAUAACCCACUCAUACAGAAGGAGAUGCUGCCUGCAGGGUUGGUUAUUUGCUUUUCCUGGACUGUCAGGCAAUUUCUAAGUUAUUCAAAAGUUUUUAACUUCUUCAUUUCCUCUUUUCUAAGUGCACUGAGAUCCGGGGAGGGACUUUCAGGGAGCUCUAGCCCUUUCACUAGGGUCCUUUUUAUACAGAAACAUCUAGUUUGUGGUAUUUGGGGCUCCCCCAACCCCCACCAGAGUCCCACCCCUCUCUACCGAGAGAGGCUGUGGGAAUCUCUCCUCUGUUUGAUCCCCUGUUUCUUUCCCAAGCUUCCACUGUGUACCUCACAUGGUGAAAUGGAAAGAACAUUGGAUUUCUACUCAGAGGUCCUGGGUUCAAAUCCUGCUUCUGCUUAUUACUACAUAUGUCACCUUGGGUAAACCAUAUAACCCUUCUGGGCCUCAGUUUUCUCUUCCACAAAAUGAGGGGGCUGGACUAGAUUAUAUCUAAGGUGCCUUCUAGCUGUGGUUCAGACCCCUGAUUGGAUACUCCCACGGAGUGAUCCACAGGGCUCUCCAGCAUCAUUGAGAGAUAAGACUUUUUCACUGUUUGGUUUGUAAUUUAGGAAAUUUUGGAAGGAAAAGGGAGGUGACCUAAGUAGACUUUACAGAAUGAGUCCCCCAUCGCUAGUAAUCUUCUAGUGGAGUGGACAAGUAGAGGGGAUUCCUGCUCAGGUACAGGUUGGACCAAAUGCACUAUGGGGUUCCUUUCAGCUCUGAUACUCUAUUAUUCUCUAAGGAAGAACUUCCUAACAACUAGAGCUGUCCAACAAUGGAAUAAAUUGCCUCAUGAGUUAGUGAGUUCCCCAUCAAUGGAUGUAUUCAAGCAGAGACUGGCUGAACACCUUCCAGAAAGAGUGAAGACAGGAUUUCUGCACUGGGUAAGGGAGGGGACUAGAUCAAUUCUAAACUCCCUUCUAAGAUUCUAGGAUUCUCUUCUGCUCUGAUACUUUUAUUCUAUCCUUUUGCACAUCAACCAGUUACAUCAGUGAAUAGUGAUGCCCUAGGAGGAAUGACUUCACCUUGUUUCCCCCCAGACUUCUUUCCUCACUCAUGAUCUUUCCUUUGCCCAGAAACCAGAGUAAGGAGCACUUAACCUUUCUCUCUCACUCCAGACUGCCUGACCCUUUCCCCUCUGCAGGGUAAACCAAUCCCUUAAACUUCUUUAAAUUCUAAAUUCUAUAUUCAACGUGCCUAGUGUCUCAAACACACGACAGGGAUGAUGUUCUCAUCAUUCCCCUUCUUGAUUCUCAAUCUUCCAAGGAAGAUUUAUAGCCCGACACCUGCUCCUCCUGAGUAAGCACUGUGCUUUCUUGGGCUUUCUGGCUCCAUUCCUCAGACCUGGGUGUGGUUCAUCGGGAUGGCCCUGGAGAAGCAGCUGCUGGGUGGAAUAUAACGGCUUAUAUUCCCUGGACUCCUCCCUGCUUCUGCUUUCUCCCUUAACUGGCCCCUCUGCCCUUUGGAGCAGAUGACCAUCACUCUCAAUCCUGCCUUCUUUCUUAAGAGAGUGAAGCCUGAGGAGCCAGAGCUUAUAUCAUGGCUUAUAUUCCUGCAAGCCCCUUGCCUUUGCUCUUCCCUUAACUGCACUGCCAUGGUGGACGGCUCCUCCAAGGAGACACAGAACAACGUAAAGCAAGUCCACAGGUCAUAUAGGACUAACAAAAGUCCAGCCUAAGCCUUCGAUGUGGUUCCUGUUGGUGGAAUAUUGAAGGUUCCUCUGUUUGAUAAGAGUCCAUCAAGGCCUGUGUUAACUGGGGUGGAGGCUGUGGCUUUGCAGGGUCUCCUGAAGGGAAACCUAAAGACUGAUUUUCGAUGCUAUCAUUUGAAAUUAGAAUCUGUAUUACAGCCUCACUUCCUAUGGGGACCUUCUGGGCUCGCAUGGUCCAGGCCAGAAGCCACUUUAGGAGCUGAGACCUCAUCACGAUCUCUGAUAAUUUAGAAAGAUUUGAAAAAAAAAUUUUGGUUAUUGUUGUUGGAAUUAUCCCUCUCCAUAAAACACAUACUUUCAACUAAGCCCUAUGCCCUCCUGUAUUUUUUUCUGGUCUGGGUGGAGUUAGCUUUGGUAGGGAGAAUACAGAACAGAUUCCUCAUAGCCAAAGAACCUAGGCCUGCCCUGGGCAAUCCCUUCCCAUUUAUGGAUCUAUGGGAGGCAGUGUAGGCUUCUGUGGGCAUCCCAAUGGUAUGAGCCAGUGGGACAUUCACCUGCCUUCCACCCACUGGUUCUUGCUUUUAAACCAGGGCAUAAUAAUAUACUUAGGGCAUGGCUGCCCCCUUCAUCCCAACACACAGCCUGGCAUGUUGAAAAAAUAAACCCUCAAUUGGGAAUCAGGAUAUCUGGAACCUUUCCCCAGAUGGCACAAACACUCUGUGUGACCAAGAUCAAGUGCCCUUCCAUCUCUGAGCCCGUUACUCAAUUGUACAAUGAAAAGGAUUGGAUUUCUCUGGCCCCUUCCAGCUCUGAUGAUCUCUGAAGUGGAUAUGUCUAUAGAGGUAAUGAUAAUUGAGAUUUUAUGGGACUUUAGAGUUUGCAAAGCACUUUACAUACAAUAAUCUCAUUUGAGCUACCCAACAACCUUCUGAAGUAGGUAAUACUGGUAUUUUAAUCCCAUUUUACAGAUAAGGAAAUUGUGGCUCAGAUAGAGUGAAUGACUUGCUGAGUCAGAGGCAGGAUUUGAACUCAGGUCCUUCUGACUAAAUGUUACUGUAGAAUGUUCUCUAUUUAUUGAACCAUGCUGCCUGUCUAGUCUAGUCUAGUCUAGUCAAGUUUACUUAUAAGUUCUUGGAAUAGUUGCUCAAAUAUGUGAAGUUUCAUCAUCCUUAAGGGAAUUCUUCAGGACAUUUAGGAGGAAAAAUUGUUGUUCCGCUGCUCCCCCAAUGUCCCAUGUUCUGAAGAGGGAUCUGGAAAGGAAAGAGAGGCAGCAGGUAUGUCCAUGCAAAAUUCACUCAGUCUUCCAGUUCCCCAAUCCCACUAAAAGGAGUCAGCCAACUCAUUUUAGAGGCAUUUUCCCCUUCUACCUUCCAUGUAGGUAGUCAUCUGAAUGCUAGAAUGAUGUAGUCAAAGAACUGGAACUUGACGCUGGAGGACCUGGGUUUGAAUGUUGGCCCUGGUACUUACUGGCUCAUCGAUAAGAUACAAAUAACCAUACUCUCUGGCAGGAGUGGGGAGGUGGGUGGUGGGAGGCAACAGUUAUUUAUUUUUCUGAAUUCCCAUUAAGUAACAUCCUCUUCUCCUACCCCAAUUUUAGGGGAAACUAGAUUACCUUGGCAUCAUCACAAAAUAAGAUCAUCCAUUGGACCAUAGGGAUUAUAGCUAGAAGCACAAACCUUUAUGAGAAAAGUGAGUCUCAGAGAUAUUUAAGUGAUCUGCCCAAUAGGUGAUUCUAAAUACCAAUGCAGUGUGCUUACAUAGCUACUGUGUAGCAUCAUUUACUCCCUUUUGCCAUGAGAUUGUGAUCCUGUCUUUGUAAGCUAAAUUGUUGGCAGAAUUAAGGGACUUUGGGAAAUGGGAGUUAAUGGCAGGAAAGUGACAAGUCAACAGUUGAAAAUGGUCAAUAAACAGUUCAAACUAGGGGGAGAAAAGGAAAAUGUAAAGUAGGUGCUCUCCCAAAGGAACAGAUUCAAUUCUGCAAAUAUUCACCGAGCCCCUACUAUGUGUAAAGUUUUAUGCUCAGUGCUGGGGAUACAGGGAUGAAACCUGACAUAAACGGCAGUAUCUGCAAAGUUUAAGUGCCUACUAUGUGUCGAGCAUUGAUGCUUGGGACAAAAAUAAAUCAGUCUCUGCUCUUGAGAUAUUUAUAUUAAAAAUAAAGUACAAAAUGUGUAUAAUAAUUUUGGUAGGAGGAAAGUAUCAGAGAAAUUCAUAUUGAAAAUCUGAGUAACUAGAAAGAUAAUGGUAACCUUGUCAAAAAUUGAAGCAUUAGAAAGAAUAGCAGAUGGUAGAGGGGAAAGAUAGAGAAUUUCAUUUGGGACACGUUCAACUUAAGAGAUCAUCAAGGUAGAGAUUCCAGCAGACAGUUGGCCACACUUACUGGAAUUCAGGAGAGAGAUGAGGACUGUUUAUGUAGAUCUGGGAGAUAUCUGCACAUAAUGAUGAUAAUUAAACCAAUGAGAGCUAAUGAGCUGAUGUGAUCACCCAGAAGACCAUGCAGGGAGAAAAGAAAGAAAGGCCCAGGCUAGAACCCUGAAGCAUACCCAUGCUUGGCAUAUGGGACGUAGAUGAUGACUCUACAAAGGAGUUUGAGAGUGGUCAGACAAGUGGAUGAGGAAUCAGGAGAGAACAGCAUCACAAAAGCCCAAAGAGGGAGGAGGAGAAGAAUAUUUUGGAAGUGAAAAUGGCCAGCAGCAUUAAUAGCUGAAGUUUGGUUUAGGGUGAGGACAAAGAAUAGGCAGUUGGAUUUAACAACUAAGAAAUCAUUGUUAACCCUGAAGGGAGAUGUUUUAGUUGAUGAUAGAGCACAAAACCAAAUUGCAAGAGAUUGAGAAGAAGUGGAAGCAAUGAAUGUAGAUGACUUUCUAGGAGUUUUGUUGUGAAAAGGGAAAAAGAUAUCGGGUAAUAUAGCUUGAGGAGACAGCAGGGUUACAUAAAGGUAUUUUAAGGAUGUGGACCAUCUGGACAUAUUUGUAGGAGCCAAUGAAUAGAGAUUUAAGUUUAAAUGUGAUGAGAGGGCAGCUAGGUGGGGCAGUGGAUAAACCACCAGCCCUGGAUUCAGGAGGACCUGAGUUCAAGUCUGGCCUCAGACACUUGACACUAGCUGUGUGACCCUGGGCAAGUCACCUAACCCUCAUUGCCCUGCCCCAAAAAAAUGUGAUGGGAGAGGGGUGAAGAGAGGUGAUCAAAAGAGCAAAGUCGAAGAGAAGGCUGGAGAAGAUUAAAUUAAGGGUACAAGUAGAUGGUAGGCCUUAUCAAGAUGGGCCACUUAUUCCUCAGACUAGAAUGAGAGAGACAGAGAUACAGACAGACAGAAAGACUGAAGUCAUUUGAGGUGUGGAAUUGAAGUGAAGCCUUUAUUUUCCUGAUUAGGCUGGGUAUGAGGUAAGGUCCUCUGGAGAGAAGUACUGGGUCAGGAAGCAGUGGUAGGUGGCUAGAGGAGGGGGAGAAGGUUAAGGGCAAAAAGUUUACCUAGAUAGCUACAAAUCUAUAGCAGAUGAAGACAGAAUGGUUCCUCAGCUUUCUCUGUCACGAGCAUUCAAGUAGAAACAGUGAAGGCAGAUUGUGGAGAUCACCCAGGGUUUCCAUUUGUCAAAGUCUGAGCUGCAAAGGAAUCAAGGGUUGAGGAUCCUUUAAUCUUUUCCCCCUUUCCCACAGGAGAUCUGAAGCUAGCAGUCAUGUCUCUUCUUAACUAAAUUUUGUGAUCCUAUGAUGAGUACAAGAGGGAGCUAGGUGGUGCUAUGGAUAGAGCACCAGACCUGGAGUCAGGAAAACCUGAGUUCAAAUCUGGUCUCAGACAUUUACUAGCUGUGUGACCCUGGGCAAG